UUAGUUUAAACCGGGAAGAUGGCGGCUGUCUCUGAGACAGUGCUCGUCUCCGCCCCGCAGGAUCACGAUGCCCAGGCCGCCUCAGACCCUCAGGCCACGGCAGCAGACUCUCCCCUAGAGGACUUCCGAGUGCGCUGCACCUUGAAGAGGGCCGUGGUGGAAGUGAUGGAGAUGUGCGGUCGCUUCGUGCAGGAGCUCGGGGCCGCCCUGCCGGAGGACGUCCGCGACCUCGCGCUGCGGGACGCACAGUGGACGUUUGAGUCGGCUGUGCAGGAGAACGUCAGCUUUAACGGACAGGCCUGGGAGGAAGCUAAGGAGCAUGGCUUAAUGGAUUCUGACAUCAAAGUGCUUGAAGAUGAAUUUGAUGAGCUCAUAGUAGAUGUGGCAACCAAACGGAGGCAGUAUCCCAGAAGGAUCCUUGAGAGUGUCAUCAAAACCUUGAAAGCACAGCAUGCGAGUCUGAAGCAGUAUCACCCUGUUGUACAUCCUCUGGACCUGAAAUGUGACUCUGACCCAGCUUCCCGUGUGGAAGAUUUGAAAUGCCGCGGAGAAGCCAUAGCUAAGGAAAUGAGUGAGGCCAUGAAGGCUUUGCCUGUGCUAAUUGAACAAGGAGAAGGCUUUUCCCAGGUCUUAAAGAUGCGACCUGUCAUCCAGCUACAGAGGAUCAACCAGGAAGUCUUCUCCAGCCUCUACAGGAAAGCUGAUUCCAAGCCUGACACAUGUGUGACACACGUAGAAACCACACCAGCUGAGACUGGAGCCAGGAAGGCCUCCAACAUUGUGCUAAAGAGAAAGAAAGCCCCAGACUGUGCCCAGAGAAAGCGCUACCCGCUGCAGAGAAUUAAUCUCGAUAUGUGAGCUCUGUUUGUUGAGGAGCUGAAAGUCAGUGUUGUCACCAUUUGGGUCACAGUCUGAUGCCUGAGUGACUUCAUGAAAGUGAGUGACUCUGUACAGGCACUGUACAGGCGCAGUGCGCUGUUGUGAAUCCUGGAAUACGGCUGAGAGCUACGCUUCUUCCCUUGAGUCCCUGUGCAGUAGGUGAAGACUUCCCAGUCCUGCACAGACCUGUCGGUAGCCUCCGAUGACACCAGCUCUUGGCUUUGGCUGCCUUGCAUUUUUGAGGCGUCCCAGGGAUGUGCUCUGAGGGGUUUUGUUUGUAGCACAGCUCUCUGUGAGGCUCUGAGGUGGUUCCUUGUGGCUGGAUAGCUGGAGUUGGCUCUGCGUGGCGGUGUGUGCAUUUCCAGGCAGGCUUUCAGAUGAAUGCACAGAAAGUGGGCCUGGCCUUAGGUUUGCUCCAUGGUCAUUCAUUUGAGGUUUUAGAGUUUUGUAAGAUAAACGAGAAGGCUAUUAUUUGUGCAGGAAAUGUUCUUAAAAAGAAAACCUGAGGCACGGAGCAGAGCCUCUAUUUCUUACCUACGUUUUCAUUUCCAUAAAUCGCUUUGUUUUGUUUUGUUUUGUUUUUUUGAGACAGGGUUUCUCUGUGUAGCCCUGGCUGUCCUAGAACUCACUUUGUAGAUCAGGCUGGCCUCGAACUCAGAAAUCCGCCUGCCUCUGCCUCCCAAGUGCUGGGAUUAAAGGCAUGCGCCACCACGCCUGGCUAAUUUCCAUAAAUCUUUGAACAUAAUUUGACUGGAAAUUGAUGGCUUCUUUUAAAGUCCUUAUUUCCAAAUAGAUCCUUCUAGUUCAAAGUACAGAUUAGGAUUGAUGGGCGUGUCAUUUACCACAGAUCUAAGCAGCGUAAGUGUCAGACUCAGGCCGUGUCAGCAAACCUACACUGAGAUUUCAACACAGCCUCUUGCAGUGUGCCUGUGUCUCUUACCUGGUGAGUUGUAGGCGGAGCUGCCAAACUUGCCAUCUAUUUCCCCUUUGGGUGAUUAUCCUUGUGGCCACUUUCAGAGGAGUUUACUGAUCAUGACUCGGAAAAUCUGUAUCGCCUUUGUUCACUGUGUCCUGAUGAUCACAAUUUCUCUGCUUUUCUCAGUUGGGAAAGCUUUAUGGCGACGCUGCUUUGUGGAGCUCGGGUUCUGUUUUACUUAAGUUAAUAAUUGUAUGGGGGAGUGUUUGAGUCUUUAAAGUAAUGUAUAAAGACCAGAAUCUUGGCACUGUGCCUUUUCCACCUAACAAGGCAUUCUUGGUGCUGGCUUUCAUGGGAGAGCAGGGUGGCGCUCUGCAUUUCAGAGUGAGCUAGCUCUCACCCUAAAACCAAUGUGCGACUCCAGAAGGUGACUGUUCAUACUGUGCCUUUCCAGGCAUUAAAGCGCUGUGACUGAUUUGGCUUGGGAAGUGCCCAAAGAGGCAAGGCUAGAGAGCAGACUGGGAGACAGUAUGGUGGGAGUCCACUGAAGCAAGAGCUAUGCAGCAGGAUGGCAGAGUGAGCUUGGGGCAUCCUCCAGGCAGCUCUGGCUGGACCCGUAAAGUCAAAUCGUGAAAGGCCUCUUUCCACACAUGGGCCUGUGACUUAAAGCACUGGCUUAGUAGUAAGCUCUGAGAGGUGUUCGUCCUCAGUGCAGAAGCUCGGUGAUCAGAGAACUGCAAGGAUCCUUGGGGCCGGCCCAAUUACAACAGGAAUUCUUCAUGGGGGUUAUCUUCCCAGCAGGCCUGUGGUAAUUGUGAAGAUGUUUUUUCCUAUCAUAACUUAAGGUGUGUGUGGCGGGGGUGGGGUGGGGNGGGAGGUAGCGGUGUGUCAUCAUCUAGUGAUAGAUGUCCCGAUGGCUGGCACAGCUAGCCAUCUGCCCCAAGACAGUGAUGCUGUGGUGGAGAAGCAUGCUGAGGGGAGAGCAGACCAACAGCAUAAUGUGGUGUGGCCAUUACAGCUCUCCCAGCCUGUGUGGGAAAUGCUGUUUGUCUUGGUUGUAGUUAGCACUUGUCCACCUUCCCCACUGUCCCACUGUCAGUCUUCAUAAGACAAACUGCAAUGUAUGAACUUAUUAUAUAAAACGAUCCACAAAUAAAAAAAAAUGUUCAUUGUAA